CCUCUACGCCAGCUUUACCCGGAGGCUGGAGACACGUCCGUCGAGGAGAAAGUCGACAUAAUCGCCGUCCACGGCCUGAAUCCUCGAAACAAGAAAGACGAAGCUCACGCCUGGGAUACAUGGCGCUCUGCGGGUGGCCGCCUCUGGCUCCGUGAUGAUCUCCCCAAGAUUCUCUCCGAUGCCCGUAUCUUUCUCUACCGCUACAACGCAACGGCAGUCUACGGAAGCGACCAGGGCACGUUUUCCGACAAGGCGGACGAACUGUUAGAGGCGAUCCGUGCCGAGAGAGAUGAUAUACAAACCCGACCGAUUAUAUUCUUGGGCCAUAGCAUGGGUGGUUUGUUGAUAAAGCAGGCGCUGAUUAACGCCCAUAAUAACCCGAAGUACAAGUCAAUCAAAGAUGCUACGAGUGGCAUAGGAUUUUUUGCGACACCUCACAGGGGUGUAGACUCGAAUAUGCUUGGCCUGGGAGAGAUUGUGGCUAAGAUUGCCGAUAGAGCGGGCUUCCGACAAGGGGACAACAUUUUAGAAGUCUUGAAGCAAGGAAGCAUGUUCGCGGACGUCUUACGAGAGCAUUGGAGGCACCAGAUUCUCCAGUAUGAUAUUAUAUCGUUUUGGGGCGGUUCGGAUAAGAUUGUUCUCAAAGAGAACGCACGGCUGGGGAUGCCCGGCGACCGCGAGAAUGUAGUAAGGCUGGACGCCGGACAUGGCGGAGUGUGUAGGUUCGGCUCAGAAAUAGCUGAUCAGGACAACUUGAAACUCGUCCUACGCAAUGUCAAGGAUUUAUAUGUAAACGCGAUACAGAUUGGCCUUAAGACUGGACUGAAAAGCCCUGUAUCGAAGCAACCUCUUCAUUUGUUGCCGUUUCUUGAAAACAAAAACUUUACGGGAAGAGAAUCAGCCCUUGAGGACAUCCGACAGUUUUUUUUCGUGGAGGGUCGCACCAGAGUGGCACUGGAUGGACUCGGCGGCAUAGGAAAGACCCAGGUGGCAUUGCAGUUUGCCUAUUGGGUCAAGAAAAACAAGCCAGAGUAUUCAAUAUUCUGGGUUCCAGCUCUAAGCCGUGCGAGCUUUGAUCAAGUAUAUGCAGAGAUAUUCAACAAACUUCAAGUUCGAGAGACAGGUCCAGAUCAGGACGUCGGAGAUUCUGUACGGAAGCAUCUGACUUCCAAUGAAUUAGGAAGAUGGAUUAUGAUCGUCGACAAUGCCGAUGACAAGUCCCUCAUGUACGGUAUUCCAGGGCGACCUGGCCUCAUAGAGUAUCUCCCUGUGAGGGAAGACGGGCUGAUCCUUCUCACCACAAGAACACGAGAGAUUUCCACGUCAUUUGCGGGGCCUGAUGUUGUUGAAUUGGAGUGCAUGAAUGCGGCGGACUCCAAAGACAUCCUUGAGAAAUCCUUGAUAAAAAAAAGAAUCCUUCAGGACAAGGGGCUCGUUGCGGAACUCUUGGAGGAGCUGACCUACCUGCCGUUGGCCAUCGUUCAAGCCGCAGCGUAUUUCAAUAAAAACCGGCAAUUAUCUCUCAAGAGGUACCUGGACCUAUUGAAAUCUACAUACAAGAAAGAAGUGAGUGUUAUGAGCACAGAGUUCUUCGACCCGGCGCGAUACAAUGGUACACCAAGUGCCAUUCUUUCCACCUGGCUUCUGUCAUUCGACCAGAUUUUUGAAACGGUCCCUAGAGCAGCAAAUUUGCUUAUGUUCAUGGCCUGGGUUGAGCCUCGAGCUAUUCCACGUUCGAUGCUGCCUGGAUUUGAUGAAUGUAAAGACUUUGAAGACGCAAUCGGCACGCUAUGCGGCUAUAGCUUUAUCUCACAGAGAGAGGAUGAUCAGCUUCUUGACAUGCACCGGUUGGUUCAUUUGGCAACCCAGUCGUGGAUCAAACUGCAAGGCAGGACGGAACAGACAACUGACAAAGCGGUAAUACAUAUGAGUUCACUGUUGGCUGAACCGCGACCAAGUCAGCCUGCUUCUUGGCGGCUUUUCUUGUCACAUGGGCUGCGAUUGUUGAGUCAAUGCCAAACAUGUCCUCUGAUCCAACACGUCUACCUGCGCCUUGAAGUCAGCAAGCUCCUACAACACGAAUGGCGCUUCCAAGAGGCACUGCAAUACUGUCUUGAAGCUGCAGACUGUGCGAAAGAACACGUGGUCGAAGAUUGCCAACUGAGAUUGAAAAUAAAGCGUAUGCUUGUUACUGCACAUCUAUGCAAUGGCCGUAUCAAUGAGGCGUGUGAUAUCCUUGAGCAUGUCAUCUCGCUCCAGAAGCAAACACUAGCUGAAGACAAUCAUGGUCGCCUAAUCUCAGAGGGCCAGCUUGCUUUUGAAUGUCUUAAAGUUGGCCGUUUCAGUAAGGUAAAUGAUAUUAUUGAGUAUGUUACCUCGAUCCGGAAACAAAUGCUAGCCGAAGAUGAUUAUGAUCGCCAAGGAUUAGCGAUAUUGGUUGCUCUUGCAUAUCUGGAAGGUGAUCAUAUCAAGAAGGGAAUUGAUAUUCUCGAGCACGUCGUUUCUACCCAGAAACAAACACUAGCUGAAGAUAAUUUUGAUCGCCUGGAAUCGGAGCGGCUGCUUGCUAUCGCGUAUCUGAAUGAUAAUCGCAUCAAGGAUGCAAUUAAUAUACUUGAGAAAAUUGUUUCUGUCCAAAAACAAAUACUAUCUAAAGAUGAUCCUGUUCGCCUAUUGCCAGAGCGUCUGCUUUCAUGGGCAUAUAAAUUUUAG